UCACUCGCUUGUUUGGCCCCUUGCCGUACUUAUCAUUCUCCCCGCGCAGGUCGUGAAAUUCUCUCGUCCAUAGCCUAGCUUAACAGCAGAGAGCAGAGGAAACAAGAGCAAGAUGAACACCAGCGAAACACGCAAGUUCGUGGACGAGGUGCGCGGCCUGAAGAAGAACUGGAUGCUCGACCUCGGCCACCCCCUCCUCAACCGCGUCGCCGACAGCUUCGUCAAGGCCGCCGGGAUCGGCGCGAUACAGGCCGUCACACGGGACUCCUACUUCAUGGCCAUCGAAGGUGAGUCUGGGGUCACCGGAUCGGUGUCGGACGCAACCGGAACCAGGAAACGGACCUUCCCGGACCUCAAGGGAGGUUCGAACAACAGCAAGUCAGCCGAGGCCAUGGUGAAAGGCGUGAGCAAAGAGUCCUUCCAGUGGGGGCUCGCGGCGGGGAUGCACUCCGGCCUCACCUACGGCCUCACAGAGGUGCGCGGGACCCACGACUGGAAGAACAGCGCGGUGGCGGGAGCCGUCACCGGCGCGGCGCUGGCGCUGACCUCGGACAACGCGUCGCACGAGCAGGUCGUGCAGUGCGCCAUCACCGGCGCCGCGCUGUCCGCCGCCGCCAACGUGCUGUCGGACGUGCUCUGAGGCGCGCGCUCGUCCGAUGGCGCUGCAUUUGAGCGAGGAUGCUGCACUGACCAUGUUCGGUGUAGCCAGCUCCAAUAAUAUUCCGGCUGUAAAUGGUGUACGCUUUGCCUCUGGACUCUAGAGACUAGUAGUUCCCCUUUCAUGCUGCACUAUUUUCGACCAAAUUUAUUUAUGAAACUUUAGGACUACUUUGUUAC